AAUAUCCUGAAAUCUAGAAUAAUCUAUAAAUAACUCCCUCUCCCACUCUACUUCGAAUCAACCUCAAUUUCUUUCCUAUACGGUAAUAAUUUCAUAACCAAAACGUUAUAUUAGACGAAUUUGUUUCGUGAAGAGUUUGAAUCUUAUUGAACGCUAAAAAGAAUCACAGCUGGGACGGAGUACGAAGGGUUAGAUAUUGAGCUCUUCGAUUGCAAUAUCAUAAAAUCAUGAAGAAUUCUGUGUCUGAGCAGAGUUUAUACAUUGAUAGCGAGGAAGAGGAGGAAGACGACAAAGGGGAAUUGGAAUAUGGAGCUGGGGAUAGAAACGAAUCUGACUUUUCCAAUUACUCCAAUGAUCACGAGAAUGAGAAUGAGAACGAGAACGAGAACCAACGGAGUAAACCGAAUUCCUACAGCAAUGCAUGGCCUCAAAGUUACAGGCAAUCUAUUGAUUUGUAUAGUAGUCUACACUCUCCAAGUAUCAACUUUCUGGGGACACCCUCACUGUCACGUUUGGGCAGUUCGUUUCUAUCCUCAACACUUACGAAGAGACACACUCCUGAGAUCUUGCCCACACUGCAAAAGCCACUCUUACCGCCACAAGAAGAGGAGAAACAAAGGCGAAGCUCCCAUGCUUUGCUUCCUCCUAUACCUUCUUCGAGGUCCUCAGUUGUUAAAAAGGUGACCCAUGAUGGGAAAGCCUCUAAAUUCACUCAUGAGGCUCCCAUGCCUCAACAGAGCUCCUUUGGUCAAGCAGUGAUAAACGGCAUUAAUGUUCUUUGUGGAGUAGGGAUCCUUUCUACUCCUUAUGCUGUUAAAGAGGGUGGCUGGAUUGGGCUUUUUAUAUUGUUUUUCUUUGCUAUACUUUCCUUCUACACUGGGAUUCUUUUGCGCUACUGCUUAGACAGCCAACCAGGACUUGAGACUUAUCCAGACAUUGGGCAGGCCGCAUUUGGUUCAACUGGCCGGAUUUUCAUUUCUAUUGUUUUAUAUGCGGAAUUAUAUGCAUGUUGUAUUGAAUAUAUUAUUUUGGAAGGUGAUAAUUUGUCAUCCUUAUUUCCAAAUGCACAUUUGACUUUUGGGGGACUACAUUUAGAUGCACAUAAUCUUUUUGCACUCAUAGCAACACUGGCUGUUCUUCCUACUACCUGGCUGCGAGACCUCACUCUUCUUAGUUAUAUCUCAGUCGGAGGAGUUAUAGCAUCUCUCUUGGUUGUAGCCUCCUUGUACUGGAAUGGCUUGGUUAAUCAUGUUGGCUUCGAAAGCAAAGGGACCACAUUGAAUCUAUCCACUCUUCCGGUGGCAAUUGGUCUGUAUGGUUAUUGCUACUCGGGCCAUGCUGUGUUUCCCAAUAUUUAUACUUCAAUGCAGAAACGUAACCAAUUUCCUGCCGUCCUCUUAACCAGUUUUGGGAUAGUGACUCUGCUGUAUGGUGGAACAGCGGUGAUGGGUUAUAUGAUGUUUGGAGAUUCUGCAGAAUCACAGUUCACUCUGAAUAUGCCAAAAGAUUUAGUUGCCUCAAAAAUUGCAGUGUGGACAACUGUGGUCAACCCAUUUACAAAGUAUGCAUUGACCAUUGCUCCUGUGGCAUUGAGUCUUGAAGAAUUGAUACCGUCAUCAGGCAAAGUCAAGUCUAGGAUGUACUCAAUCUUCAUCAGGACAGCUUUGGUUAUCUCUUCCUUGAUUGUUGGUCUCUUAAUACCUUUCUUUGGUCUUGUAAUGUCAUUAAUUGGAUCAUUUCUCACGAUGCUAGUUACAUUGAUACUUCCUUGUGCAUGUUAUCUUAGUAUAUUGAGGGGGAAAUUAAGCUACAUCCAGGCAUCAGCUUGUGUACUAGUUAUGGGAGUAGGUGUGAUAUCAUCAGCCUUUGGAACAUAUUCAGCCAUUUCCCAGAUUGCUGAUAGUCUAUCUGGUUGAUGAGUGAGAAGCCCACAUUUUGGUAGUCUAUGACUAUAAAUUAAGUGUAUUUCUUCUAUAAUUUUCAUUCAUUUGACCUUUUGGGAGCACUGUCACCUCCAUCUCUGUCCAUUGUACUCCCAAUUUUAGUGUCACAACUCUCGCAUUUAUUUAAUGAUUUUAUUGAAAGACUUCAAGAUUACACACCUUUGUAUUUUUCACCUAUUGAAUAUGUUCUUUGGUGCUAAUAAUUUGAAAUUUUAUAUCAUUGAAGUACUUAUAUUGGCCUGUUAGGGCCUCUUCCCUUUGCAUA